AUGGCUGGAUUUCCAUAUUUGAGUCUCCUUGGACCAAAAAGCAAGAACACGGUUGUAGCGGGAGGCUUGACAGCUUUUGUCUUUGGGGUGUACUUCUACACAAUGAGAGCUGUUGGUGGCACGGACGAGCUUCAAAUGGCUAUUGACAAGUUUGAAGACCAUAAACUGGUUGAGACCGACCCCAAGCUUUUCUCUCUGGGUUUAGGGUUCCUGUAUUUUGGCAACGACAUUGAGCUUUCUGUGAUUUUCUCGCCAUCAUCUCGCUUCGGUUCCAACCAGAUUCACAGCUAA